AUGGUAUCAAUAGCACCAACUCCACUUUAUUUGCCUUCAGAGGAAGCAAAUAAAAUUUUCAAAUCCCCUAUUCCCCAAAGAAGGGAUAUCUCAUCUUGUUCCAAUAAGCAACAAAUCGAUCCAUCAGAUAACAAUAAUAGCAAUGCCGUCAAUGUCGGCGAAACCUCCACAAGUUAUUCCAAUGUAAUUGCAACUAGUACAACACCCAUUGUUGUUGAUGGACCACCACCACGUCCUCAUCGUCAACAACCACCACGUUCCCAUCUCAACAAGUCAUCAACCAAUACUCCAUCUGUCCAAGCUUCACCACCCCCAUCGCGUCGUGACCUCUCCAACCAUCUUUUAUACCUUCCAGCCACACCACAUACAGUAUUGGCAAACAACCUAUUGAGAGGCCGUAAAAGAAAGAAUGUACGUCCAUUUGACAACCAACAGUCUGGUCUUGUUCAAGAUGCAUCUGGCGGUCUCGACCAAUAUUCACCCAAGUUGUCGGUUGGCAAUGGUCUCGGAGGAGGUGUCUAUUUCCUCAAGAAUGCCAGUGGUGAGAGUGUAGGAGUAUUCAAGCCACUUGAUGAGGAGAAUGGCAUCGAGCUAUCUUCCUCACCAUUGGGACAGGGCCUAAAGAAUGGAACACUUGUCGGUGAAGGAGGGAUCAAGGAAGUGGCCGCAUACAUCUUUGAUCAACUCCAUGGAGGAUUCUUCCAGGUUCCCACUACCGCUCUCGUCCAGGUUAAACACCCCAUGUGGUCUGUCACGGUUGGUGGAGUCGACUCUUCACCAGAUCUGACCAACAAGCCACCCUCACCCACUCUACUCGCAAAGACUGGUUCACUUCAGCGAUACAUCCCAUUCGAUGGUACUGCCGAGGAGAUUGGAUGCAGCAAAUUCUCUAUUGCCGAUAUCCAUCGUAUCGGUCUAUUGGAUUGUCUCAUCUUUAAUUGUGAUCGUCAUUCUGGUAAUAUUUUAGUAGUUUGUCAAGACGACGAAGAACAAGAAGAAAAGGAGGAAAAUGCUGAAACUGAUCUACCACUAGUCAAGAAUCCAUUCAAGAUUAACAAGACAAUGAAUAAUAGUCAAUUUGAAUUGAUUCCAAUUGACCAUGGUCUCUGUCUGCCAAGUUCGGAUUCCCUUUCCGAUAGUUGGUUUGAUUGGAUCAACUUUCCACAAGCCAAGGUUGCAUUCUCUGACGAAACCAAACAAUUCAUACUCGACAUUGAUAUUGACCAAGACAUUCAAAAGAUCAGUGAAGCUUUGCCUGAACUAAGACACAAAUGUUUAGAGACUCUCAAAAUCACUACCCUUUUCGUUCAAGAAUCGAUCCGUGCAGGAUUGACUCUCCAUCAAAUCGGGCUUCACCUCUCUCGAUUCUUUGAUUUGAAUCGUCAAUGUGCUCUAGAAUCCAUUGUUCAACAAUCAAUGGUCUUGACCAAUAACAAUAACAACAACAAUAACAACAACAACAACAAUAAUAAUAAUCAAAUCUCUUUAUUGUUUAAUCAAUCUUUUUGGAUUGCUUAUCAACAAGAGGUUAAAUCAUUUUUUUUUAAUCAAUCCAACAACUUAUUAAAUUAA